CCACGUACAGUUUAGAGUUAGGGUUUUUUAAUUCGUAUCUGCUUAAAGCCAAAGAAAGGAAAAUAAGUGCUAGUAAAUGUUUAGUGCGGAUGACUUCAAUAAGCGGUCAACUGGGAGUCGCUGAAGACAAGCAUUAGCCCGGUUAUGUGACAUCUUUAUAAACGAAUCAUCGCCCUCCGUUGCGCUGCAGGCGAAUAAAGGGUGCACGAGGGCCGAACGAGAUAUGAGGAAGCCCAAGUACCUUUUUAAGCCGAGCUAGGACAAUUUCGAAAAUUAUGGGGGAAAUGGAUGAGCUACCACUGCAAGAAAUGAGUCAACUUUGGAAAAACGAAGAGUACAGGCGGUACCUUACGAUUUUCGAGAAAUGGCUUCACGAAAGCGAUUGGUCUGCAUAUCGUUCCCUAAGGGAUGAAGACAAGCAAACUAUUCGAGACCAAUCAUGUAAAGCUUUGAGUCGUUUAACAUACCUUUGGAAGUCUCACAAUCAGGAAAUUCAUUGUCUGAUACAAUCUAUUUAUUACUCAUCUGUAAAAGUCAAAUCAUUCACCAUCCGGGAAUUGCAAGUAAUUGCAUACAACGAGUAUUUGAGACGUAUUCUUUGUAGAGAAGUCAUGAGGUUUGUCGAUAUCAGCAUUCCACAAUUCAUAGAGGCCUCUGAAUUCCUGCUAGAAGAAACAUUCUUAGAACAGCAAACAUUGAAAGUGGAGCAGAACUUGAGGCAGUGUAACAACAGACCGUCAGAUGGUGAUGACUACAUUUGUGCUUUACAAAGGAUCUCCGUUGAGUUCAUGGAAACGCUGUACAUAUAUCCAUUGACUGAUGAUUAUGCGUAUCCUGAACGUGCCGGUGUCUACUUUAUAUAUUAUAUUGGUAAAACUGCGCUAUAUGACGGAGAAGUCAAGCCUUCCAUAGCCAGGCCGAUUUACGUAGGAAAGUCGAAAAAGAAUAUCUCAGAGCGCCUUAAGGACCACCGCGAAAUGAUAGAACGUGCUGUAGACUUAGAGGUGGACGAUUUCAUUGUUCGACUCAUGUUAGUGGACAUUAAAUUCUACGCUGGCUGUAUUGAGGAAAUGCUUAUAAAUUACUUCAUGCCUAAGUGGAACAAGGAGAGGGCAUGGCUCUCUUUUGGGAACGCUAGAAGCGAAACAAACAGUUGGAACAGGUAUCAUAUUCAAAACAUAAGAUAACAUUCUGAGCUUGGCCCACCACUUUGCGGAUACGACCACCCAGAAUGACUGGUCAUCAAAUAUCAGUAACAUACAUGGAGAACAUGCAUACCGAUGUUGAAGUGUAAAGGGGUAAUUGGAUUGAUGAAAUUUCUGAAACCUCACAAAACUUUAAUGAAUAUGUCUAUAAAUAAUCUUUCCAGUUUCAUUUUCAUUGUAGUAUUACUGGAACUUGAAUUUGAACGCCCAUCUUUAGCAGUGAAUUUCACUGGUCUCUCUGUCAACUGAUUCAGUUUUUUCUUUUUGCAUACUUUUUUUGUUAACAUCGGUACCCAUAUCCUCUAUUCUCUUCUCUCUCUCUAGUAGUAUUACCGCAUGGAGAAAUUAUCGAUGCUGAGGACAAAAUUUCCCUCACAGAAACAUCACUUCACGACUAGAUUUUACUUGGGCAAGAAAUUAAAUACACCUGGGGGAGGGGGGGGGAGGGACAUACACUGCUAUUUCAUCUUAACUUGGUAAUUUAAGUUUUACUUAAACAGUAUAGGCUCCAUUUCUUUCAAAAAAAAUAUUGUUUAAUCUUGGGAUUGACCUAAGGUUUUAUCGACUUUUAACACCUUGGUUUUCUUUGCCAACACUAAAUAAACCCAAGUUUUUAAAUGUUGCCACGUGUUUAUAAUUUUAAUUUGAGGCUGUUUUCAUUUGUAAAUAAGUUUCCCAAUUAACAAUACCUGAGAAAAAUUACCAUAACUCUGUACCUAGUAAAAGUGGGCUACUAUGCAAGAUCUUACUACGCUUACUAUGCGAGAUCUUAACAUUAAUUUCUUUGCAAUAACUGUAUAUUGCAAGAAGCAAUAGUUAGAUGAAUAACCCUAUGUAAGUAAAUAUAGUUUGCAAAUCUCAACAAAUACUUCGUCUGUUAAACAAGGUACACUUCUUUGAAAAAGCUGUCACAUUUUUGUGGUUUUACAGAGGUUGCUUCAAUUUUCUGGAAACUGUAACAUUUUUGAGUCCGAAAACUCUCGGGGAGGUCUUUUGGUGACGUGUGACGUUUAGUUUUACAGACUCGAUUCGUGGAAGUGAAGUAUACUGAAAGCAAACGAAACUCCAGAAAGAGCAAAGAAAAAUCCACGCAAAUGAAGUAACGAUGCGAACGAAUAUCUUUUUCGUGAAAUAAAGUUCACAAACGGAAGAAUUUUGGACUCCACAACAAAACUGUUCCUGGAUUUCUUGUUUUCCUUUAUUCACUCUGAUUGGUCAAUAGGAUUGGCCUCACCCUCUUUAGUAAUCAGAAGCAGAUCGUAAAAUCAAUCGUUCUCCCGCCUCAGGGGUGAUUUGCUUGUUUAACUUCAGAGUUAGCUCUAGGCUCUGUUGUUUAGAGGAGGGUUAAGUCUCAACCUGGGGUUAGGUAAGCCUUGGGUAAAAUUUUGGUCGCGUCGUUCGGAAGAAGGUGAACACUAACCUCAGGUUAAAAAGCAGGUUAAAUUUGACCAAUCGCGCGAGCA